AUGUCUCAUGUAUUUAUUGCGUCACUUUACUAUGCACGAAAACAAAUUGGCUUAUAUUUUGGUAUUCCAGUAUUCAUCGUCAGUGUUGUUGGAGAAUUUUUUAGCAUCGUUGUCCUUCUCAGUCUGAAGACAUUUCGACAAAAUUCAUGCGGAUUUUAUCUUCUGACCAUGUCAAUAUUCAAUCUGAUUCGACUCAGUUUGAGUACAGUGUUUAUUAUCAUCUCAUUAUCAUUUGGAAUCGAUUACUCAGUAUCAAUGUUCUUCUUUUGUCAAUUGCGAAAUCUCAUUGCAACAACGUGUAACACGGGUUCGAUUUCAUGCUUAUGUAUGGCUGUAAUUGAUCAAUAUUUUGCCACCUGUUCUCGUCCCCGAUGGCAACAAUGGUCAAAUAUAAAGGUAGCCCAUCGUAUGAUAGCGAUUAUCACUCUAAUCUGGACACUUCAUAGUAUUCCAUAUUUCAUCUUGUUUGAUAAAGUAUCGCCAACAAAUACAGCUGUUUGUGUGCCGACCAAUUCUAUCUUUCUUCAAUAUCACACAUUUGGUUAUUUUCUCACUUACAAUAGUGUUUUACCAUUAAUAGCCAUUGUGUUCAGUUUGAUGGCUUUUGUGAAUGUUCGACAAGUGGCAGUCUAUGUUUGUACUUACGUGGAAUAUUCUGUUGUUAGUGCAAUAUCAGCAAUAAACACAGAUCGAGAUCCUGUUUAUUUAGCAAAGAUGAACUUAGCGAAUGCUGUGACUUUGAUUGUUUCUGUUUAUAGUAAUGGGAGUUCAUUUUACACAUAUGUUUGUGUAUCUCAACGAUUUCGUCGACAAUUUUUGUAUGUAUUAUACCGAAUGUAUGUCGUACGAUGCUAUAACAAUCAAGUUACUCCAAGUAACACAGAAGCAUGA